AUGUCCCCGCCAUUACACCCCACCUUCGCCGAGCUCGCCCCGGUCCACCCCCGCAUCCUCUUCCACCUCGCCCUCCUAGCCCCCUCCCUCGUGCUCUCCCUCUCCAGCACCACCUACGACGAGUACAUCUCUGUGGUUUAUACCCACGCGCGGUUGAAAGGGAGUAAUGUCAAAGGCUAUUUCGCGGGCUGGCUGGACGCGGUUGGUUGGGAGCGUGUCGGGAGGAAAUGGGGUCCAGCGAGUAACGGCCGGGGAGGAAGCAAGCGCAAACGACUACCUUCAUUCCCUCAUCUCCCUACGCCUCUCACCCUCCCUCCUUUGUCAUCAUCCUCCGCCCCACCAUCGCCAUUCCUCCCGGACUCUUCCAUCUCUUUGACCCGAAGCCCAAGAGACACCCGCAAAUACUCUGCCCUCUCCCACACCUCCCACCUAACCCUCCUCGACGCCCCCUCCCUCUCCACCCUCUGCGCCGCGCACGUCCAAAUCCUCUCCCACUCCCCCAUCAUUCAAACCUCCUCCGGCUCCUCCCACCGCUCUUCCGCAGAAGAACAGUGGCCCCUCGGUUCUGUUCGGGUCCUAGAAGCUGGUUGGGAUUUGGUCUGGUACUUGGCGGACUCUCACGCGCCGGUACCGAGGUUUGAGAGUGUGCCGAUAUGUUGUAUACCGCUGGAUGUUUCGACGCUGAUCGUCAAUCUGGGCGAGUUUCCCAAUGCCGAGUUGCAUGGUCACCCUUCUCUUUCUUCUACUGCCUCUCUUAUGGCUUCUACCCCUUGCUCUACCUUUCCAGAGGGCGGGAGCGGCGCAAUAAAAUGGAUGGAAGAAGCGAUAUCCGAGCUCGCCUCGGAAUUCCGUCUAUCCCUCCUCGUACUCCGCGUCCCCCAUGCCCCUCCCUCUACUUUGCCGUCGAUAUCAAUCCCCGUAUUCCGAUACCCACCCUUCCCAGCACCCGUCCUAAGAAUCACCUUCCUCCCAGCUCCCUCUGCCUCUGCCUCUCCAUCGCCUUCUUCGCCUUCCUCUCCAUCUGCCAUCAUCGACGAGAGAAAACGAGACGAGGUGGUCGAAGACUUGGCGCAAAGAGUUGUCAGCUAUAUAAGACAAGUCGGCAAUUUCCCAGGUCCCAGGGUCGAAUUCCUCCUCCCACCCUCCCCUUCCCCUUCCCCUUCCCAUCCCUCGUCCCCUUCUUCUUCCUCCUUCUCAUCCGACUCGGCGCCCGGGAGUACGACGGCGACGGCAGAGAGGGUCAGACAGCGGGUGGGCGAGAUGGUUGGGGAGGGGGAAAAAGUAGCGUGGCGGGAAUGCCGGUUUUUGGAUGCCUAG